ACACUUCCUCAUUCGUCUUGGCUCUCAUCACGCCGACCUGCAGACAGCAUCAACGGCUCACAACCCACCUCAGAGCAGACUGACCCCACAUGUGACAAACUCACUGCACACCGGCGCAUCUGGCUCGAUGUAAGACUUUCAUCUCACUUAAAAUAUCAGUGUGACGGUCGUGAGUGACGUUAAGAAGCUGGUGGAUUGUAAGAAUCUGGUGGUGUUACUACAGCUGCAGAGAAAGUCCCAAAGAUGACCUUGAUUUCAGGUGCAGAGCAGGUCUUUCUCCCUCCUGAGUCAUGCCUCGUUCUUUCUUGGUGAAGCGAGGUGGGCUGCACCACCUUCGGUCCGCAGUAAGAAGCUCUGGCCCUGGAUCGACCAUGGUAACAUUUAGCCAGCUAGGAAAAAAGACGGGGCCCUGGGAUACAUCCCUGGAGUACUCCUCAACAGAAGCGGCAGAUAUUAACGCGGUGCCCAUCACAUUAUUGCAGCAGGACCUUCAGGCUGCCAACCCGUCUGAUGGAAGUGGGCACCUUCAGCCAUUCAGUCCCAACUCUUAUGAGCCAUACAGUCCUGUCAACUUAAAUACUUUUAGCCCCGUGGAGAAGGUCGAUUCUCACCUUCUCACACCAGCAGUAUGGUCCAGACCUCAUGUGAGCUCAGGAAAUCCAGACAAACUCUCUGUGGGACUGGGAGACAUGACUAAGCACCCUCAGAUCCUGAGGGAGACCAGGAGCAGCGGCUGCUUGAAGCAGGAGUGUCCACUCUGUGGCAAAAUAUUUUCAUGUCUGUCAAGUUUGAAGAGUCACAUAUGCAAGAGUCAUGGACGCAGAGCGCCUCGGUCACCAGCACACGUCAAGUCCAGCAGGACAGAUACUGGGCGGUCGCUAUGCAGGGGCAAGGAGAAGACGUUUGGCUGCACAGUGUGUGGAAAAGUUUUCAAGCGCUCCUCCACCCUCUCCACUCACCUGCUCAUACAUUCAGACAUCCGACCCUACCCCUGCCAGUACUGUGGCAAAAGGUUCCACCAGAAGUCUGACAUGAAGAAACACACCUUCAUACACACCGGGGAGAAGCCUCAUGUGUGUCAGAUAUGCGGGAAGGCAUUCAGCCAGAGCUCCAACCUCAUCACCCACAGCCGUAAACACAGGGACGACCGGCCUUACCGCUGCCCUCGCUGCUUCUACAGCUUCCAGCACAAAGUGGAGCUGCGGCAGCACCAGGAGCACCACUGCACCUACCGCUGACCCCGACACAGCCGUCAGUCUCCCACCAGUGGAGACCCAUUCAGGGCAGAAAGCUACUGACUGUGUUGUUGUUAUGAUGAAGUCAAAUCUUACAUCCGAAGCUUAUAGUUUGUAUUUUACAUUUAAUUGUCUUUUAGGACACCGGGGAAAGAACGAUACUGGUCCUGCUGUGCUCCCAGGUGUCCAGCACAGUCACGCAAUUCCAGCAAAACAAAACUUGGAAAUUGUGUGUGCGCUUUUUCAGUUGUAAAAAAUCCAAACAGUACUAACUAUUCUGACUUACUGUCAUGUUUCAUACAGUGUUUUAUAUUUAUAUCCAAGAAUGUUCACCAUUAUUUCUUUUGUUUUGUUGUUUAUUUUCAUAAACAGCAUGCCGAAAGCUGAGAAAAAUAUCAUCAUAUGUUUCUCUUAAAAUUAACAAAUGACUUUAUUAAAGAUGAAGUCACUGAAUUCAGUUUAUAAGACAUGGGGGUUUUUCCAGGGAAAUGCUGUUUAUAUUCCCAUACACUUCGUCCAUAUUCUCUGCCGAUCUGUGAUCAUGUGUUUAUGUACAGCUGAACCUUUAUCGUCCCUCCACAGAUCACAGAUUUGCUGCAGAUAUGUAGCUCUGUUUCACUUUCAGUUGAAACAGAAACAGAAACCCACAAACCUCCUUAACCCAAAAGCUGCCUCAACAGCAGUGCAGUGAAGUACAUGAGACCUUCAUUCCCUUUUCCCUUAGAAUUUUGUUAUACUUGACUUGGCACUUAUGUUUUUUUCAAUAAAGUUGCUGACACCAUGCGUUAGGUAGAUGUGCACAUUUGAGCAUGUAAGGCCAGGAGACAGUGAAUAGGAUUGUUGCCUUGAAGCAGCUCUGCUAGAGGCCCACUUGCUAUUGGCUGGGCCCUGCUUGUGAUACGGGCCCCAAUGCGGUUGGACUAUCUACAGCUCCACCCCUGCAUAAGACAGCAGCGAAUAACACUUUUCUCCUUCACAGCCUAUUGUCACACAGGCUGUCUGCAGGAGGCUCAUCUAUAUUUUUGCGGGCUCUGGCAGCGCUAUCCAGACCUGCAGCGAAUACCCUCACUUCUGCUUGCCACAGUAGCUAUGAAACUCAAUGUCACAUAACGAGCAAGAGUCAAUUAGAGGAAAAAAAGAACUUUAACUUAAAUUAAUGAAUCAUUGUCAGUUGUUUAUCUAUUCAAUGGUUUUUCCAGGUCACUUUAAUCAUGACGAAUUGUCACAUACUGCUGGACAAUACUGAAACAGAAACUGAAAUACUAAUUACUGAAACAGAUAUUCAGUUGUGAUCGAUGUGGUAUUAAAAGGGUUUUAAAAAGACUUAAAUUGAACUUGAUGAACCCUGCAGAAACCCUGUCACAGAGAGAGGACUGUAUUUUUCAAAAGAACAGAGAUAUCAGUGGUGGUUUUGCUUUGCAUUAUAUUUAUUUUGGCUUAAGUUCUGACACAGGGCACACAUCAUCAUCAUCAUCAUCAUCAUCAGAGAGUUUCCUUCAUGAUUUGGAGAUUUUUGUUGUGGACAGCUCCAGCUGUUAAAAGUCUCCAUGCUCUUUGUACCACUGAGCCCUGGCAACAACAUCAUUGGAGUAGUCUUCGCCUGUUGUGUUUUCAUCCACACGUUCAUAAGAAUGGACGUUUCCGUCCCCCAUAUUGUAGGCUGCUAUUCCUCCUGCAGGAGCAAAUGCAAAUGAGAAUGAAGCGAAGCAAAGUCUAGAGAGAGCUGGUGCAUGUGUGAGUCUACUGAGUCACUAAAUCAAACCUUUCAGCUGCUUCUCUUUGCUCAAGCAACGAAAUUUGCCUUUGUUUUGGAUCGCUUCGAUGAAAUCAACCAAGAUCUUGGUGGCUUGGCAGAGGUGUUCCUCGCUGUCCCAUUCACCUUCUGGAGUGUGGUUACCUCCUUCUGGAUUAACAUCAACCUACAGAAAUGGCAAUACACGCUGCUGUCAUUGAAUUAUAAUGUGAGGUUCUGCUCAGGGGACGUGUGUAAAACAGCAGUAUUUAUUACAACCUGCAUCAGUCCCCAGGCGUUCCAUGCUCUUCUCUCAUAGCUGUAGUCUCCCCAGCCAUCAGUGAGAGCAUUUCCAGCCCUGGACUCUCUGGAGAUAAUGGCAGCAAUGAGGGCGGGGUCGAUGUUAUACUUUGCUCCCACUCUUUUGAUUUUAGACUUGUACUUUUUCAUUCUGUCUGCAUCGGUCUUUGCCAUGGUGCGUGAUGCCCUCACACCUUCAGAGAGAAAUCAGAGAACAUGAUUAUGGCCUCAGGGCAACAAACUGUCUAUGCAUCGAUUUUUCCAUCAGUGCCCUGACUGUAGUUUAAUUGCAGAUAUGGAUGGAUGUUUACUGUAGAUGUAAGCUUUGUGAGUUUACCUGCGUAACUGAGCCUGUCACUGUUAGCUGUUUUUUGUGAAGCACCAGUUGUUUCAACGUCCAUGAUGUUUCCAUACCCUGCUAAUGUCCAGUACAUUAAAAUGAUUAUUAUUUUUCAUCAGCACACCUACAAAGCAUGAGAACUUAAAGGGAUUGUGCUGUUACUUUUGAGUUGAUGAAUCCUUUCAAACAAGCAUAUAUAUAUGCAUAUAUACAUAUAUAUACACACACACACACACACAGCACAAGCUCUUACCAUUUCCCAUUUUGUCCUGGGAUAGUCCACUUGAAGCUGAAAAUAAGAGCUAUCACCAACAGACCUGUUGCACACUGUCGCUCUGUUCAAUGGAGUGUGUUUAAUGGCUUCUUUAACCCCACUAUCACUUUCCCUUAUCACCCGCUAUUCUAUUUCGAUGUGCCUGUCGGUCCACUCUGUGGUGGAAGCGUGCAGGGUGGCUGUUUUUAUCGCCUGCGUUUUUACUUUCAAUUUCACUCUGACGUCCUCAUUUUGUCUGCUAUUCCACUUGUCGCCUGAAGAGGGCCGUAUUCAGCAGGUCUGGAUGCAUUGCCAGUGGAGCGAGUGGAGAAAAUCAUCUGAUCUACAAGAAAAAGCCAUGACUGUCCAACAGGAACAGGAUCAUUACAGCUGACUGCUGUAAACCAGGCUAAUCAGUAGAUGCAA